AACCUUUGCAUCAUCCACCAACAGCAACAAUUGACACAUGCGGUGCAGGCUUCCGACGACAAAAUUUUAUUAAGCGAAAAAGUUACCAGAAAAACGCAGAAAAAUGAACCAUAUCACACACCCCAACGAGCCAUACCCGACGCCGUCGCAGCUGGCGGUGGCCACCACAGCGCACACCCAAGGCCGAUUUAAGAUUUCCACACGCAAGCUGCCCAUUUCCAAGGCCGGCGCUAUCGAUGAGCUCACCGAGAAGCUGGGGAUUCCCAUGCCCGAGAUGAUCUUCGGCGACAACCUCGUAGCCAUCACGCACAUGCCGUCCGGCUGGACCAUCAACUUCAACACCCCGGAUGCCCUCGACGCCGUGGACAAGACAGACAAGCACAUGCUCAAGGUGGCAUAUGCGCGAGACUGGGAGAGCACACGCGAGGGAACGACGCAGAAGAUUAAGGAAGUCGUCAAACCAUACGACUGGAGUUACUCGACCACAUAUGCCGGCACACUACAGACACCCCCCGACAGCGCGAAGCUGCCCGAGUUGCAGCCGACAUCCAAGUCGAUACCCCUGGAGCUUCUGAAGCGCCGCGAUCCUAUAUUAUUCUUUGACGAAGUUGUCUUGUUUGAAAGCGAGCUCGACGACAACGGCAUCUCCAUCUACAGUGCCAAGUUGCGUGUCCACGAACAGCGCAUGCUGCUUCUCUGCAGACUGUUCAUGCGCCUCGACAACGUCAUUGUUCGAAUCCGCGAUACGCGAGUCUACGUAGACUUUGAAACAGACGAGAUUAUCCGAGAGUAUACUGUUAAAGAAUCAAGCUUUGCUGAUGUUAAGCGAGCACUACAGCUGUCAGGACGACUGACAGAUGACAUUACCAUAGCGCUGCGAGACCCGAAUGUUCUAGAUCCGCUACUGGCCGUCAAGGACCAAAAGGUUGAGGCAGUUAGUCUACGCUCGACGUAAAAAGGUGCCACCAUAAAGAAAUAGAAGGACUACGCAUGAUGUGACGAACAACGAAAGAAUAAAAAGAACUCAUGAAUAUACAAUUUACAUAUAAGUCUUAUGAAACUACAAUAGUAUCCCUUUUGACGCUCUCCAUACAAAGGACCAAAAAGCAAAGUGUGAUAUAGAUAAAGCGACUGACCCUGACUCCUGCAAGUGUUUUCCAAACGCUCCAAACCAAAAUCCACUGUUAAUGCACAGGAAGGAGCUGUAUCCAUCAAAUAAGAAACCCAACGCAAUACACAGAGAGCCCUCGUUCACCUGGCGCCCUUGGGUGAGUAGCUUUCAGCAACCUCUUCGUAUUCCAUCUCCCACUUGUCCACUUCGGCAAACUUCUUUACAGCUUGCUUGAGCUCUUCUGCAGUCUGUACAUUGACUGAGCUCUCGACACCGUCGUCAAAAGUAUCUUCUGGGAGGGGCUGGAACGCGCUUUCAUCAUGCUCGUCAAUAUCAUCAUCGCUCAAGUUUUCCUUAUCCGACAGACGGCGAGCAUUACGCUUGGACUUUCGUGUACCAGUAGCAGCUUGCUUUGCGUUGGAAGUGGCAUUCUUGAGACCACGCGCGCGCGAAGAUGCGCGGCUGCUGUUGGCCUUGCGGCGACUCGAGCGGGUGUUGGUUUCCUCUUCUUCUUCCUCUUCUUCCUCCUCAUCGCUGCUAUCCGCAUGGGGUUCUGAUGUUUUCUUGUAGCGACGCUGGGGAAGCAAGCUGGCAAGAUCGGCCGUGGUAAUCUUGGGCGGCGACUUAACCGGCGAUUGGUGGCCGCGUCUCUUGCCUGAGCGACCACCGGGGAAGUUGGGAGAAUGUGUAAGGGAGGGCGGAGAUGACAUAUCAGACAUUUGCUCAAUUCUGUUGGGCGUGCUCACGGAUGGUCGGCGGCGUCUCUUGGCGAGGUUGUGAAUAUCUGGCCAAACCUCUCCUUCGUCUUCCGACCCACUGCUUGCUGGAGGUGCCAUGAUCUCUUCAUCGUUGAUCGGUGUCACCGGCCGGGCGUUGAGGAACGGGUUUCGGGCCAACUUUGGUGAUGCAACCUCGGAUAACUCCGAUUCGCUAUUAGAAUCGUCAUCCUCGGCGUCGACUCUUGAAGCUUUCUCUGGCUGUUCGUUGGCGGCAUGAGGCUGCUCGCUCUUUCGUUUGCGUGUUGUUCUCGAUGAGCUGGCCGCAACGGAUGUGUUGGCCUGAGAAGCAGCUAGGCUUGCUCGCGUGGUUCGACGCUUCUUGUUAAGCGGUGUUGACUCGGCAUCGGGAGCAAAUUCGCCUUCACUUUCCAGAUCAGAUGGUGCAGCAGAGGUUUCUGAGCGAGGUCUUCGCGACGUAGCCAAGAUACUAGGUUCUCUUGCACGUCUUCGGAAGGCGCCAAUGGUGAAAGACGAUCCAAUGCCUGUAUUGCUGGCGCGGCUGCUUGGUCUAAUUGGGGCGUCGUUUCGACCAAUGAUGCUGGAUUGUCUGGAACGAGGCCUGAAGUUGCUCCAUGAAGUUGUCGUUUCCGCCGAUCCAGGAACACGGGGGAUCUCUCCAUCAGCAAAGCUCUCGUCUAAAUCUCCAAACACAUCGUCGGCGAGGUCGAGACCUGUAGUGUCUCGUCGUGCUGGCGUGGCGGUUAUAUCUGUCUGUUCGAUGGAAGGGAUAGUCUCGUCCGGGUUUGCGGGAAUGAUCGUAUCAUCACCCUCUUCUGCUGCAUUUGCCCGCGUAGGUCGUCCUCGUGUAGGUUGCUGGGCUGUUUCUGCAGCUGGUUUCGCUGCUCUCCGUGUGCGAGCCAUUGAGUCGAGUUUAUGUUUUGAAGCGUAUUCACUAAAUGUGACGUUGUAAACGGACAAUCCCGCUUCUAUAUCUGUUUCUUGCAGGGCACUCUUGACAAUUUUUUGGGGUGCAGCGUGAAGAAUCGUGAAAAUCGUAAUUUGGUGUGAUGGCACAACGCGUCGUCGCGUGUCGC